AUGCUCACGUCGCAACAGCGGGACAGCCUGAACCGAGCACUUGUUGAGUAUUUGGUCGAGCAAAAUGUCCCACAGGCCACUAUCGGCGACGUCGCGAGCACCCUAGGUGUGUCUUCGGCAGACUCUGUUGGUGGGCUUGGCCUUGAAGCGAAGUGGUCUGCGGUGAUUCGACUUCAACGCAAGAUCCUCGAUCUCGAAGCACACAUAGCCGCUCUAGAACAAGACCGCACGUUGCCGCCUUCUUCAGCAAUCGCAGCAGUGGACUGGCUACCUCGCCAGCCUGCGACUAUAGAAUUCAAAGGCCAUCGAUCUCAUGUCACCGCUGUAGCGUUUCACCCCGUGUGGUCGACUCUUGUUUCGGCAUCCGAGGAUGGAACGAUCAAUGUUUGGGAUACUCAAACAGGGGAACUUGAACGCACAAUUCGGGCACAUACUCGCGCCGUCACAGGACUGGUUUUUGCUGCUUCGGGCCGGCUAGCAUCGUGCUCUGGGGACCUCAGCAUCAAAGUAUGGGAUUCUGCAAACGAUUAUGCCAACAUACGAACACUGAUCGGCCAUGAGCACACGGUAAGCGCUGUAAAUUUUGUACCACCUCAGGACUCUUUGCUGUUGUCGGCGUCUCGUGAUAAUACCGUCCGCGUCUGGCAAGUAGACUCGGGCUAUUGCUUGCGCGUGAUAAAAGGUCACAGCGACUGGGUCCGUACACUCGCCCCCAGUUUCGAUGGUCAGCUUUUUGUAUCGGCUGGAUCCGACCGCGAGGCUCGCAUUGUGACCAUCGAUACUGGUGAAUCUAGGGCGGUCGCUGCCGGACACGAACAUGUGAUUGAAUGUGUUGCCAUUGCACCCCCAGCUUCUGCAAAAACCAUUGGAAAACUCCAAGGACAAGAUUACUCAAUCGAAGACACUAAUUUACGAUAUUUCGCAACGGGAUCCCGCGACAAGAAUAUAAUAAUAUGGGAUUCCAGGGGCGAGAAAGUCACCACUCUUCACGGUCAUGACAAUUGGGUUAGAGGGCUUGUUUUCCACCCUAAUGGUAAGCAUUUAAUAUCGGUGUCUGACGAUAAGACACUUAGGGUCUGGGAUCUAGAGACGCCCAAGCUCGUCAAGACGAUUGUCGCACACUCCCACUUUGUUACUUGUAUUGCUUGGGGAGGUGCCCAAAGCAUUGCAACCGGUAGCAUUGAUGCAUUGGUAAAACUGUGGAAAUAA